UCUUUCAUUUGUGUUUCUUUUUCUGUCAUUUGUAAGAAAUGGCCCUCCUUCAAUCUGUGUCCUUUAAAUCCUCAGCUGCACCACUGAACAUCCAUAAUGCUCAUCAUCACAAGCCCAUGAACCCUAUGAUAAGGCCCUUAGCAAAUAAAAAACAAACCAUUAUUACUAUUCCUCUUCCCUUAAUAUGCUGCAAUAAUAAAAACCAAUCUGUCACUACUUUAAGCGAUGACUAUGGAGUUGGAGCUGCAACAGCUAAACUGAAGAUUUUGAAGCAUGUUCUUAGAGAAAUUGGAGACUCCUAUGAAUGUUUGAACCUAAUUGAUGCAGCCCAACGCCUUGGUAUUGACUACCACUUCCAAGAAGAGAUUGAAUCUGUUUUGCAUAAGCAAUACAUCUUAUUUAAUGCUGUUCAAUUUGACCCACACACUGAUCUUCCCAAGGCUUCCCUCCUUUUCCGACUUUUCAGACAACAGGGUUAUCCUGCCUCCGCAGAUGUGUUCAAAAUUUUCUUGGACCACGUGGGGAAGUUUGAUGAAGAGCUGAGACAUGAUAUCAAGGGGCUGACGAGUUUAUAUGAAGCUUCACAACUGUGCAUGCAUGAAGAAGACAUACUUGAAGAAGCUGAAAGUUUCAGUAGCCAUUGGCUGAGCGCUUGGGCUGUGCACGUGGAUCAUCAUUCCGCCGCUUUUGUGCAUAAUACUUUAGCCCAUCCAUGUCAUAAAAGCGUGGCGCAAUUUAUGGUGCCCAACUAUUUCGGAGAUAUCCAAUGGACCAACAAAUGGAUACAUAUUUUGCAAGAUGUUGCAAGAUUGGAUUUUAAUACAACCCAACGCCUUCGCCAAAACGAAAUUGCUCAAUUUUCAAAAUGGUGGGAAGAAACAGAUUUGGCCAAAGAGUUGAGCUUUGCCAGAAAUCAACCAAUUAAAUGGUACAUGGGCUCCCUAAUUUGUCUCACGGAUCCCUGCUUUUCCGAAGAAAGAGUCCUACUUGCAAAGUCCAUCACCUUUAUUUAUCUCAUUGAUGACAUUUUUGACGUCUUUGGGAGUCGUGAUGAACUGACCUUGUUCACACAACUUGUUUGCAGAUGGGAUUUGGUUGGUGGUAAAAAAUUACCAAAUAGCAUGCAAGUAGUCCUCAAAUCUCUAUUUGAAGUUACGAAUGAAAUAAGCUACAAAAUCUAUCAAAAGCAUGGUUGGAAUCCAGCUAGCUCUCUAAAGAAGGCGUGGGCUAAAUUAUGCAAGGCAUUUUUAGUGGAAGCAGAAUGGUUGAGUUGUGGACAUUCACCGAGUGCAGAAGAAUAUUUGAGAAAUGGAAUUGUUAGCACUGGUGUCCAUGUUGUUUUAGUACAUGUUUUCUUUUUGUUAGGGGAGCGAAUAAGCAAGCAAACUGUGGAGCUUUUGGAGGAUGAUUUAGAUAUUAUUUUGUCUAGUGCAACAAUAUUGCGACUUUGGGAUGACAUGGGAAAUGCCAAGGAUGAGAAUCAAGAGGGGCGUGAUGGGUCCUAUGAAAAAUACUACAUGAAGGAGCAUCCAAGUAUGUGCUGUAACAUCACACGACAACAUAUGAUGCGGAAGAUUUCUGAAGCAUGGAAGACUCUCAACAAAGAAUCUCAGCUUUUAUCUACCACACUUCCUGCCAAGUUCAUUCAGGCUUCACUUAAUAUUGCCAGAGCGGUUCCUUUGACCUAUAAUUAUGGCAGAAACCAAUCCUUGCCAACAUUUGAGCAGCUAAUUGAACAGUUGCUCUUUCAUAGUGUGGAAAUCUAAUAGAGAUUGAAGUGUGUUUGGCAUGCCAUUUGAAAUGUUUAUAGACAAAAAUGAUAGUGUUUGUUUUAAAAUUCUAAUAAGUGGUCAAGAAUGAUUUUAAUUAGGUUCUCUGUAACCGUUGCAGGACUCGACUGAAUGGAGGGAUGAAAUCCCGGCUACGUGCCAUGUAGGGCUCAAACUCUAGAAAGGGGUAUCUCUAUUCAACUACAAGCCCACUACGCCACCACAUGCUCGUGGUAGCUUUGUGUGUUUCGAUGUCAUUUAAUCUUUGAUAUAAAAGUUGUAUAUAGAUGAAUCCUUUUUUUAUAUG